AACGUCUAGCGUCACCACUUCUGUCCUCUUGUCCCUCUACAGCAGCCACUGCUAGGGCGACUUCUCCGCGCCGCUACACUCCUCACCGCUAGACCUCCACCGCGUCCAGAUAUCGUCAUGGGUCGUGUUCUUCUGAAGGUCAUCAUCCUCGGAGACAGCGGCGUCGGUAAGACCUCGCUCAUGAACCAAUAUGUGAACAAGCGCUUCAGCAACCAGUACAAGGCGACUAUCGGCGCCGACUUCUUAACGAAGGAGGUUAUGGUCGACGACCGGUUGGUAACGAUGCAGCUGUGGGACACGGCUGGCCAGGAACGCUUCCAAUCACUCGGUGUCGCCUUCUACCGCGGCGCGGACUGCUGUGUGCUCGUAUACGACGUCAACAGCUCCAAGUCAUUCGAGACGCUCGACAGCUGGCGCGACGAGUUCCUCAUCCAGGCCAGCCCGCAUGACCCAGAGAACUUUCCUUUCGUCGUUCUCGGCAACAAGAUUGAUGUGGAAGAGAACAAGCGCCAGGUGACCCAGAAGCGUGCGAUGACUUGGUGCCAAUCCAAGGGCAACAUCCCGUACUUUGAGACCUCUGCGAAGGAGGCCAUCAACGUCGAACAGGCGUUCCAAACCGUCGCCAAGAACGCCCUUCAGCAGGAGGCGGAAGAACAACUGUAUGUUGACUACCCCGACCCGAUUAGGAUCGACCAGGAGUCUUCACAGAACUACGGCUGCUCCUGUUAACCGUGCCGUCCCGGGAGGGCACCCAGGAUCGUUUAAGCCGCGUCAUGUCGGACGGCUGCGCUUAUCUCAGGCUAUUUGACCCGGCGCCUUAUGAUACCGUGAGCGCCGCACCGUCAUCGUACCAUUAUCUUACAUGUUCUUCGCACCGCACAUACCUUUUGUAUAUAAUUUCUCUGUGCAACGCAGUUAUAUGGAUGUACUCG